AUGCUGGCGAAGUCGCUUCUCCUUUGCAUUUUGGCUGCUUCCCCGAUUCUCGCUGCCCCCCAGGGGCCUGCGGCCACAACGUCGACGACUUCUGUCACUCACACCUCGUCGUCUUCCUCCUCGUCGACUUCCUCCUCCAAACCGCUGACCACCUCAUCGACCACUGUCAGCACCUCGUCGACACCGUCAUCCACUAGCUCAUCCAGUUCAACAUUUAAAAGCUCGUCAUCCACGACGUCAUCCACCAGUUCAACCAGCUCGACCUCUAAAUCCUCCUCGACAUCAUCUACCAGCUCCACCUCCAAAAUCUCGUCGUCCUCAACCUCUUCUUCAUCUAAAACAUCGUCACCCACAACCACAUCUCCCUCAACUACGUCAACCACCUCGAGUACUACCACGACUAGCAAGACCACUACUAGGACCACUACCACAGUGACAUCGACUCGAACUGUCACUUCUGGAAUAAGCGUCACAACCACUACGACUUCAAGUACCACUACGACUCCGACUACUGGUCCGAUCACUGUCACCGUUACAGCCACGACCACAAUCCCCAUUACUACCACGGCCCGCCGCACUACCACAGUGACCUCAAUCCGAACCGUCACCUCCGGAAUAAGUGUCACGACCACUACUACUCCCAGCACUGCUACGACUCCGACUACUGGCCCAAUCACUGUUACCGUCACGUCUACGACCACAGUCCGAAAUACAUCCACUACGCAUAUUAUAACGGCCACCCCUACUCCUACUGGUUUCCAAAUCCAUAACAACUUCAGCAAUAAGUGUAUGGACGUUGCGGGUAACAUCCGGCAGAAUGGAACUCCGGUUCAGAUAUCCGACUGCAAUGGCAGUUCAUCUCAACGAUGGAUUAUCGCUAGAGGCGUCACGAGGGUUCAACUUGCAGGCACGAACUUCUGCUUGAAUGCUGGCAUGUCGAACGUCUUCGUCAAUGGCGACCAGUUGAAUAUCCGGCGGUGCAUCGACUCUAUCCCAGCUCAACUAUGGGAUUAUACGAACCAGAAUCAGAUCAUGCUAAAAGCGACAGAGGCAGGAGGGAGUAUGUCCUCUUCGUUUCAAUUUGUGUUCAUUCAGAAAUUUAACACCCGUCAGACCCUCAAUGCGUUGAUUGGCCCUUCAACAAAACUCAACUGCAAACCUACCAAUGCCUCAAUGUCGGAAUUCCGAACGAGAUCUGGACCAUUACCAACACUACUACGUCUUAAAGGGCAGCGGAUAUCUAGGAGGCUGUUCCAAAAAAGGAAGUAUCUGGGGUACAAGGCUUUUUUGUUCGAGAACAGUGAUGAGCUCGAGCCUGUGGCAAAAAUUUCGUGUCAUCCUUACAUAGUUCUCGUAGUGUAUUUGCCUGCACAUCCAAGGGAGGUUUUCUCUGACUGGCGAGUGCGGGACUCCGACGUGGACAAGUGGUUGAACCAAGCCUUAUUGGAGUCUCUCGUGCGACGAGUUGAAGAGGGUCCCGGAGAAGUCCAACAUGCGGCCUUAUACGGUCCUCGUAGCCUAUUUGCCUGCACAUCACUGAAGAAUCUUUUCGAACCAAGCUCAGCACCAUCGCAGAAAUUCAAAUCGGACGAAAGCGUUGCUUCUCUAAUUGGCUGCGAGGUUCACAAGUGUUCGAACAAACUUGUCCGUCUCCAAUGCGGCGCGCGUGCAAUGUUCUCGUUGGCUUACCAGCAGCCUUUCAAAUUUCAAAGGAACCAAUCGCAAGUGUACGAGGCGGGGUUGAAGCAAAGAAUACAAGGCCCCUCCCUCAAGUGCCAAAGCGAAAUCAAUGUCGUCACACUCGCCGCUUCUAUGUGGACUCGAUCGGACGCUCUGGGGUCGACCACAACGGAUUGA